GGCACCGGGAGCGGCACCGGGAGCGGCACCGGGAGCGGCACCGGGAGCGGCACCGGGAGCGGCACCGGGACCCGGAUCCUGCCGCUCUGGCCGCCCUGGGAUGAUCCCGUGCCAGGGGGAUGGACAGGAGUACCUUGCCAGCAGUGGCACAAGAGCUCUUGAGAGAGAUCAAAAAGGCUUUCCAGGAGACCUCACAGGUCCCUGAUGACCUGCUGCUGGGGCUGAAGUUCAUUUUUGGCCCAUCUACAGUCCCAGCUCUGGAUCUGGUGGAUCAGCGUUCUGUCACCCAGAUCAGGUCCCCCAGUGGAAGGACUCUCUACCAGGUCCUUGGAAGCUCAGGCAAACUCUACACCUGCUACAGCUCCUGCCACUUCUGCACAUGCCCCGCCUUUGAGUUUUCUGUGUUGCAGAAGAGUGAGAGCCUUCUGGAGGAUCCUCUGUCUGCAGAAGGGGCAGAAAGAGCUCAAAGAUGUGCAAAAGGGAGAGAAUGUGGCUGGGACCCUGCUCCAAUUCAUAGCAAAGCUUCCCUGGAACAUCAGUCCUGCACAUCUGCAAGGGGUAAAGUUGAAGAUGGAGAGAACUAAACCCAGGACAAGCAGCAGAUCAGCUCAAAUCCGAGGGAGCUGGGGAUAAUUUUCCCAUGCUGGGAUGUUUGCCAGGCAGCAGCAACAUAUCCACUGUCCUGCAGGAGGUACCAGUGGACAGGGGCACACACAGCGUGUUGUUACUCACUGUUUCAUUCUUCUUUUGCCUUCCAAAUACAGAUUCUUUUCUCCCUCCCUAAUUCCUGACACGUUU